AGACAAUGCGCCAAAUUCUUGUCAUCGAAAGCGAUAUGCACCCAAGGACGCAAACCACCCAUGUUCUCAAAGGAUGAUGGGAAGGAAUGAGGAAAUCACGAAUUAAUUACAGAUUUAUUUGAAAGAAUUAAUUCGUGUAAAGACAAUGGCAGUUGAGUCUAAAAAGAAAGACUUGCUGGCAGACGCUAAGAACUUCUGUGAUGGGCUUUCUAAUGUGUUUAUGCUUAAAAAGAGAGAUCCUCAAACCAGGCAUUUGCUGGAAAAAGCCAAAUUAUUGAUCGAGACUUUGAUAUCGGAGAAUCAGCGAGCGACGAGCAAUGUUCCGAGCACUCCCCGGGGGUCAAGGGCGGCGGGGGGCAUGGGUCAGCUCUGGGUUAAAUUGGACGAACUGAAGCGUGAAAACGAGGAACUCCGGAAACAGAUAGGUAAGCCAGCCGAUGACCGACCGGCCAUUCCCCCCAAACCGUCACAGGGCCCCGGGGACGUCAUAAUCGCAGACCUCCACAAAACAAAGAAGGAGAACGAAGCACUCAAGGCCAAGGUCGAGAAACUGGAGACACAGAUCAAGCAGAUGGACUCCGUGGCCUUCAACGUACAGGACGAAUACAAGCGAGCAAAGAUUGCCCUGGAAACGACCCAGAGAUCCAUGGAAACCGUCCUCAAGGACUAUCGGCAAAUGGAGGAUGAGCUUAAACUGGCCAAGAAGGAGAGCGAGACUCUCAAGCAAACGUUAGCUAAGUCGAUGCCGUUGAUAGGUCGGACAGACAACCGUCAUGUGGAGAACAUCAGUGAGAAAUGCCGGCCCUCCAAUAUCGCUCAGCUGUAUAACACACUGGAGAGUCAGGAGUGGGUCGACGCCAAGGAAACGCUGGAGGAAAUCACCGACUUCGAGGAGGAGGAUAUCGUACAGUUCCUGUGCGCAUGCGUCAUGGCAGCUUUUCAGAGUUGUAAGGAUGUGUACGAUGCCCUGAAAGCAACUAUCGCAGAACUUCUACGAAAGCCAACAUUGGUGAUCACAGAUAAUUUGGAAAGGGAGCGAAGUGGGAAGAGCAAACUACCAGACCACAUAACAGAGAGCAUUGGACAUCAGCUAAGACAACACUUUGAUGACAUCGACUCUGACGUCAUUUUUGGUAUGAUGUGUGAAAAGCUGACAUUAGAAUUUACGGAAUUUGUACAACGACACCCACACGAAAAUAAGGUGGUCCAGAAAUUCAUGAAUCGGUGUGCCAAGGUCACAUGGCAGAUGGUGAUUCAGCAUCCUCCCAUGUGGCUCUCAGUGGGGGAUCACGAAUUUGAUGAUGAAAAACACAAGUUAUGGUGGUCAUGUGACCACACCGCAGCCAAAAAAAUUAACUUUUUCGUGUGGCCCGCAUUAUAUGAUUAUAAGCGUGGGAAUUUACUUAUUAAAGGUUGUGUGUAUGCCAGCUAAUGUAUAGCCAUGACUUAAUUUAUUUGUAAUGAAGUAUAAUUUAUUUGGACCCCGUAUUAUAUUUCAUUUAACUUUUCAUUGUGCGUCUUAUUGUACAGAAAAGAUCAAAAUUGAUGAAUGGAGUCUGUAUUUGUCAUAUUGUUUAUUUUGCCAGUAAAACUGCUUUUAACGUA